ACUCUUUUGACAAAGAGUCUAGCAGGAACUUAUGUUCUUGUCGAUGCUGUUAAACUUUUCUCCGUCGGUACCCUGCAGGUGGUUGUUUUGAAACUUUCCAUUUAGCUUCUCCAAUGGUUGGAUUACCUCCAGCUAUGUCUGAUGUGCUUGUGAAUAUGAUGGGAAGCUGUCUUGGCUUCAUAUGGAGACAUAUUGACCCCUCCUAUGCAAAGACUGAAACUUGAUGAAUAGCAAAAGUGAAAUUCAAUCUUUUUGUCUUUUAUCAGAAAGUACUUGAUUCAUGUUAAUGUCAUGUGUUAGAAGUUUUCUUCUUCCCCAAAUUUUCUUUCUUGCUUUGUUUUCCCUAGUUACUCUUAAAAUUGCUAUAAAUUAUCUCAAUUAUGUUUGUGAACAUAAGACAAAUGCAAAGAUUAUAUAUUUGCAAUACCUGCCAUGAAUUUUUUGUGCAUUGUCUUUAUUUAGACUUACAAGGUACACAUCUUUAAUUAUGAACAUUGAAUGGAACUGUGUCUUGACAUGAUAUACAAAUGAGUGCUUUCACGUUUGUAAAUCCUCUUCAGAUCAAUGCUUUUGUUGUUACCGAGACAACAGCAUAAUUCAAGGGAAAAAUCUCUAGGGAUUGUUUUGGUUUGUAAUCGUGUUUGUUCUUCUUGUUAAACAAAGUUCAGUUUUUGGA